AUGAGGUAUUGUGUUUAAUCAUAAUCGCUGAAACCGCGAUAUUCUAUUCCUCUCUAUAAUAUUAGGCUAUACAGUUUCAAAACUAGCUCUACACUAGCUUGUCGGUCUGUUCACGUCGAACUCUGUUUUAACUGUAAAGUCUUUGCGUAGGUUUUGGUGUACCGUACUUUCAUCAUGAGAGAGAAUAGGGAAACUGUUUUAUUGGUUGGUUUACUGGCUAUCAUCAGCAUCACCGCGCUGGUGCUCGGGGUCGUGGGCUUGACUAAAUCCAACGGGGCGAGCCCGGGCGAGGCGCAGCCAGUCAACGUAUACACUUCUGGAUCGUCCGAUGCACUUACUAGUAACGAAAGGAUCUGGAUGAUUGCUAUUGGCCACUACGGUAGCAACGUUGAAUACUUGGAUGAAGAGACUUACACCAUCCGAGGAUUUAAUCCGGAUAUAGUGGAUGCGGUUUGCUCCAUCGCUAACAAGAACUGCAAAUUGGUAUACGACGUCUAUGGCAAUUGUUGGGACAGCAACGCAGGCCAGCGGCCCAGGGGCGGCCAGGGUCUAAUGGGAGGCUGGUAUGACGGUUGCUCGGGUUGGGUCCAAUCAUUUGACCGUCUGCUAACAUUCUCCUUCACAAAACCUUUCAUGGAAGCUAACAAAGUUGGAAUGUAUGCAAAGAGCGGCAGCACACUCUCAUACAGUGAUUUGACAAACCUGAAGGUCGGGUUCUCCGAUGGGUGGGCCUACGAUGAGUUCUGUCUUGCAAGAUAUACUGAUAUUGCGGGUUCGAGUCUGCGUCAAGGCCAAAUCACACAUUUCGCCUCAACAGAAAGACUAAUUGAAGCACUCAACUCUGGAGAGAUCGAUGUCAUUUUUGUCUCAGCCCUCUCUCAGUACGACAGCGCCUUGAUGAGAAUCACGCCCUCAGACUUCGAGAAUAAGUGUCUGAAAGGAGGGAAUUCUGUCAUGACACGUCACAAUAACCGCGAUUUCGUCAACUGGUGGAACGACGCGUUCGAUCGCCUUGUCCAGAGAGGGCGCUAUGAUGAAAUCUGUAAAACAGUCUCUGACAGGCAUGGCCAUAUCCCAGGGCGGGAUUAUACUGAGCUUUGUAUCGGCUAUUAGGCCACUUCUGAUUGGAGGAAAGCGUUUAUCACGUGACUGCAGACAUGCAUAUGACGCCAUUUUGUUGACGUCAUUUUCCUUCAGCGUCUCUCACUUUUCUUUAUCAUUUGAGAGAUGCAUUAAAAUAUGUUUUUAUUAUAUGUUUUGUCGUAUCCGUGAGAUGGCUUUAUUUUGUAAUCUUUGCUUUCGAAUUAUUCUCCUGUUAAUUUUGGUGAUAGUUUUUGUAAAAUGUUGUAACUUUGAUUUACCUGUUUUUAUAAUAAUUAUUAUAAAUGAUAUGUUCAACUAUAUGGCACUCUCACACAAUAAGUCUCAUAGCGCUUUAUAUGGUUAAGGGUUGAAAACUCAGUUUAAAAAAUACGUCUUCAAGUGCUUCGUAAAGGUGUCUAGUGUGUGUACUGUAUGGAUGAUGUUCCGGGGCAGUUGAUUUAAUAGGCGGGGUGCAUACACUCUGAACAUGACGGACAAAGAAAGAGGACAAAAUAUACACUUCCUCAUUCUACCCUCAACAAUUGCUGUGGUAGACAAAGGAACAUCCCUUCAC